ACGAUCUUGUGUUGUGCCAGUAUGACGGGAGAAAAAAAGAAACUGCUUGUUAUCGAGAAGAGUAAGCAACCUCGUUGUUUCAAAGGAGUUAAAGCUUUACCUGUUGAUUAUACAGCGAAUAAAAAUGCAUGGAUGACUCAAAAAAUCUUUAGUCAGUGGUUGAUCAAAUGGGAUAAUGAACUAGACAGAAAAAUUGUACUUUUAGUAGACAACUGCACAGCUCACAAUGUAAGUUUGAACUUGAAAAAUAUAAAACUGGUUUUUUUACCGGCUAAUACCCCAUCACUUAUUCAGCCCUGUGAUCAAGGAAUUAUUCGUACACUUAAAGCUUACUAUAGACUAAAAAUGAGAAAAAGGGUAAUCACUCUCAUUGAUGAAAUGUUUGAAUGUGAAUCAACUUUGACUUUAAAGGCUAAUGACCUUUCCAAGAAAAUCAACAUUCUCGAGGCCUUACACUUUGUCAACGAAGCGUGGAAUAAUAUUAGUGAUGUGACUAUUCGAAAUUGUUUUCGUCACGGAGGCUUCGUCAAAACUGAGGAAGAGGAAGAAGAAGAAGAUGACCAUAGUAAAGACCUCGCUGAAAAAACAUAUGAGGAUUGGAUGGAUAUAGAUCGUGAUAUCCAAACUUCUGAACAGUAUUCUGAGGACCAAAUGUGUCAGUCUAUUAUAAAUGAAAUCACCAAUAACAACGAUGAGGAGAAUGACGAAAGCGAUGAAGAAGAAGUCGACAUCGUAGUUAAACCACCAUCAAAUAAAGAGGUUCUGGAGGCUUUAGACAAAAUAUUAAACAUAAGUCCAGAAAGAUUGAAGGCUGAAAUGAUAGUCCUAAAAAAUAUGAUCAAUAAAGAAAAUUAUGAAAUAGAUGACAUCAUACCUGUUGUAGACAACAAUAUUUUUCCAAAUUUUUGUAAACUUUUGCAAACUGUACUUACUAUACCUAUAUCAUCUGCCUCAUGUGAACGUUCAUUUUCUGUUAUGAGGCGAAUAAAGAAUUGGACUAGAAAUACCAUGACAAAUGAUAGAUUUACAAACUUGUCAAUACUUCAUAUCGAAAGAGAUUUAUCACAUGCAAUAGAAUCAGAAAAUGUACUUAACAUAUUUUCAGAAAAACACAGACGCCUAGCUUAUGUUUGA